CCGAAGUCGCUAUAAAUGCGAAGUGAUCUUUUCCACUUUCUCUAUAUACUAGCUAACGUUGAAUUAGCUUUAACGUGCUGAAGUAUAUUAUUCGGACGAACAGCAAGUCCGGGUAUUUGCUGGCAAUAAUAGCAUAAACAACUUUCUGACAAUAAAUGGUGGCAAAUGAAUGUAAACGAUAACGUGAAUUGCCAACAAGUCGCUGACGAUUGAAACCAUGACGGAUGUUGAUGAGGCCACAGAUGAUAUUCCACCAUCUCUACUCCGCUACUUUGAAGCCUCAAAAAGCAGAGCAGCAGUUUGUGAGAAGCUUAUUCUCCAAGAACCUGAAGACUUCACUGAAGACAUAAUGGACCUGCCUUUUGGACUCGAAAAAGAUACGAUGAACCUGAAUGAGCAGAUUAUUAGUGAAACAGAAAAUGAGGAGAACAACACUUCCACUGAUACCAGCCUUCUUCCUGCACCCACAGAGAGAGAAGCACUUUUCACUCACAAUGUGGCAGCAUGUCUCAACAAUGAAGAUGAGGCUGAAACAGAUAAAUAUAUGAAGAGUGAGACGCAUUUGGCAUGCAAAGUCAGGAUCCUUAAGAGCUCACUGAAAGAAGUGGAGGUAAAGGAAAGUGGUAAAUUCCACAGAGAACGCAGAGAGAAACAACAGUGUGAGGAGGUGAAGAAACAGGAGCAACAGAGACAAAGAGAAAAAGACUUUCAGGAAGAUCUGAAGAAGAUCAUGGAAGCAGAGAAGCUUCAUCAGAAGGAGAUUGAGUUGUUGGAGAAGAGAGCGCAGGAAAAACUUCAACAGCAGUUGCUGCUUCAGCAGGAGCGGAUUAGCAACUUGCAGAAACAAGUGGAGGAAGAGAGAAGGAUGAGCAAAGAGGAGCAGAUGAGGAUAAAGGAAGAGGAGGAGAAAAAAAAGAAGGCGGAGGAAGAGGAGAAGAAGAGAGAGGAGAAGAAUGGUAGGAAAUGGGUGGAGGAGAAAAUUGAGAGAGAGAUGGAAAAGGAAAGGAUGAAGGAAGAGAUUACAAAAAUCAAAGAAGUCAGACUUAAAGAAGAGGUGGAGAGAAGAAACAAGGAAGAGGAGCCUUGGAAAAAGGAGGAGGAAGAGGAACAGAGGAGAGAGGAGAGGGCUGAAAAGAGGAAAAGUGAAGAAGACAAUAACAAGAUAGAGGAACAGAUGAGGAAGAAGGAGGGAGAGAUGGAAGAGGAAGAGAGGAAAAAGAAGAAAAAGGAGGAUAAUAUAAAGGAGAAGGCAAUGAAUGAGGAAAGAGAGGAGGAAACAAGCAAAGGAGAAAUGGAGGGAAACAAAAAGAGCAAACAUGAAGAAGUGACAUUUGAAGAUGAAUGGGAAGAGGAAGAGAAGAGAAGAGAGCAAGAACUGAGGAUAACUAAGGAGAUUAAGGUGAGGACAUUACAGGAGAAGAUGACGAAAAAGGCAGAUCAGAAAAAAAGUGAGGAGGAAAGAAGAAAAGUAGAAAAGAUGAUGGAUGAACAGGUGAGAAGAAAUAAAGAAGAAAAUCAAAAAACAGAAGAUGAACUGCAACUCAAGGAAGAUAAAGAAAGGAGAAGGAAUCAUGUGGAGAGGAGACUUAGUAGGGAAGAUAAAGAUAUGAUAAGGAAAGAAGAGGAAAAAAAAAUAAAAGAGGAAGAGCAGACGAAAAGACAAAAGGAAGAAAUGAGACAGAGUGAAGAAGAGCGAUGCAAAAAAAUGGCAGAAGCAAGACUCAAGGAAGAGGAGGGGAAUAAAGCGCAUGAAGCGGAGAACCAAAAAGUGGAACAUGAAAAACAAACAAAGGAUAAAGAGAGGGGGCAGGAAGAAGAGAAGACUAAGGUUAGUAACAAUUGUAUGAGAAAGAGGGAGGAUGUGGGAAUAAACAUAGAGGCAGACAAGAGGCAGAUUAAGGAAGAAGUGAGAGAAAACAAAGAAGAAAGAAGAUUGAAAGAAGAGGAGGAAAGCAAAAACAUCAUGGUGCAGGGUACUAAAAAUGAAGAGGGGCUGAGAAGAGCAAGUGAGCUGCAAGAGAAGAAAAGAGAAAGUAGCAGUAUGAAAACUCUAAAUGAGAGAAAGAGGACAGAUAGCACUGGGCACUCCCUGACCUCACACCUGGAAGACAAAGCCACCCCUGGUCCUUUACAUGCUGAGUCCACAGCCAGUCCCACCAGCUCUGGAACUGUGCAGCAACAUGACCUAGAUGAGAACAUUAGUGAGGUCUCCACAUAUAAAUCUAUGGACAAACAAGACGCAGCAGAAAAGCCUUGCACCUCUUUUGGCUCUUUACCCGUGUGCCUCCCAGAGCACACGGAGCAGAAGAGGCUGUCGUGGAUGAAAGACUGUAUCCCUUGGUCCAGACUGUCCCUGCAGAGCAGGAGGAGGCAGAAAAGUUGCGUCUGCAGUCGAAGAGGGCUGAGGAGGGCUGCAGAGGCUGAUGGUCUGCCAUCUCUCUCCCCACACACUCUGCUUCAGGCUACUGGUUGGAAAUCCCUGCAAGAGGUGACCUCAGUGACACUGGAGGACUUGCCUGGCUGUAACUUAUCCACUCUUGUCCAGUGUACUCAGCUUCGGUCUCUUACUCUCAGACGCUGUGGCCUUAGAUCACUGGAGGGCAUCAAGCAGUUACCAGUGCUCUGCUACAUCGAUGUACAGGACAAUGACAUUUCAUUUGUGGACUGUGAAAAUAUGACCGGUCUACGGGUGCUUCGACUUGGCCACAACAAGCUGACGUCCAUCCAUGGUUUAAGUGGUGCCGACAAUUUGGACGUUCUCGACCUCUCACACAACGCCAUCACCCGUAUUGCUGGUCUGGAGUCAUUGAGGAGACUGCAGAGGUUGUCAGUGGAUCACAACCAGCUGAUCAGCACCAAAGGACUGAGGGAUGUUUACACCCUCCUCCAACUGAACUGCUCCCACAACCACCUGGCAAGCCUGGAGGGAAUAGACAACAGUCCUCUGCUCAACACACUGGACCUGAGAGCCAACAGCCUUACUGAGCCCCCCAGUCUGAACAACCACGUCCUCCUCAGAGAGCUGAAUCUGGAUGACAACAGCAUCUCCUCCCUGCAGGGCCUCACCGCCUGCUGGCUUCCCCUCCUGCAACACCUCUCUGUGGCUCAAAACAGAAUCACCCAGCUGCCCUCCAUGCCUCAUUUUGUGUCCCUUGCAAAUCUGGAUCUUCGAUUCAACUGCAUGUCAGAGCUGCAGAAUGUGUGUGAGAGUCUCGAGGGAUGUCACUUUCUGCAAGAUGUGCACCUCACAAAGGGUGCAUCAGACAAGAUUGUUGUUAUAUCCACUCUGCAGAAAGCCCUGCCUGGCCUGAGGGCCACUGAUGACCAGGAGACAGACUCCUUUCUGACGCCCCCUACUGUUCACCAGGUCGGCUUGGCUUCAGUCAGCUUCCUAUCAUUCUGUCAGGCUCAGCUUCAGCAGACUCGUGAUCUACAAGAGCGCCACAGCAGGGAGCUCAGUAAUGCCUCGUCGUCUCUGGAAGCUGUCGAAAGCUCCUGCCGACACUUCGCUGAGACUCUGAAGCUGGCUGAGGACCAGAGAUAUGCUCAUGAAUAUGGCGACAUCACUGCGUCUGCAGGUCAAACAAUGCCUGAGGAAACAGUGGACGUGGACAGUACCAAUGCUGAAAUGCUGACUCAGCACUCAGAAAUGGAGUCCAAUAAAAAAGUCAAUCCAAGCUGGGACAAUUUCAGGUGCAGCUCCUGGACCAAGGAGGAGAAGUUAUCUACAGAGAGUUGGCAUGACACAUUAGACAUUGUUACAACAGUUCCAGAGACAGGCCUUCGCUCCUUGGACACAGAGGGACAAACAUUUUCCUCCGAUUUUGAAAUGACAGCUGGGUACAACCAUCAAAACCUGAACCUCAGAAACAGCAAAGCAGCAGUCUUGAUUCAGCAGCGGUGGAGGGAAUACAGACAGAAAUGUGGGAACAUCAGCAGCCCCCCUGCAGCUGAGAAGGGACCGAUAAGAGGAGGAGAUGGAGGAAAGCCAGAGUCAGGACCUUUCUAUAGUAACAGGAGCAUUGAAAAUUAUGCAGCAACUGUCAUCCAGGCGUUAUGGAGGGGCUUCGCUCUGAGAAGGAGGCUCGCGUCUGCUCUUGCUGCUGUCACAUGCCCCAACACCACAGAGGAUGACACAUUUGAGGAGGUGGAUGAAUUUGUCUUUGAUGGGGCAGCACUUGACAAAUCCUGGACUUUGCGGUUUUCUGCAGAUUCACCUUGCAGUGAGCAGCAUGCAUCAGAUCUGCCACUGUCUAUGAAGCCUCCUGGGCCCUUUCCUGAACCCUCCCAGUACACACUCUCACCACCACUGGUACGGAGGUCAAAGCAGGCCUGGCUUGCUGGAGAACAGGUAGCCUCUGCUGGGCGGCGAAUUCCUCCAGAGAGCUCCAGCAGAAGCAAAUCUCCUGCUGCCACUUCAGUGCUCAGUGCUUUCUCUGAAAGAUCAAAAACGAUUUUGGAGGAAUGGGGCUUUAGCGACAGCCGCACAGCUCUUCUAAUGAUCAAGAGAGCUCAGAAGAUGAAAUCGAAGCAGCAGCAGAAGGAAUGUAGAGAUCCCUUAGUCCGCCUUGCUUUGUUCAGAAACUGCAGUUACCCGCUGGGUCCAGUGGAGGAACAAAAGCGACAUGCACCACAAAACAGAAAUUAUAUGAAAGUUUGCAGGGCCGAGCCGGGAGAGAUGAUGGAGCAAGUGAAGCAGGCACAAGUUCAGCACUGGCUGCACACCCAGUCUGACAGGGACUCAGAGAGUGAGCAUUUCUUACCGGAGAUAAGCUCAGAGAUUCUGAACGGAGCCAGAGUGCAGCUCGUGGCUGCCCCAUGGAGCAAAGAACGACAUCAUGCCAGUGGAUUGUGGGCCAGCAGCAGUUUAGCUGUGCAGCCCAGCACAAAGGACAAAUAUCCUCGCAGAAACUCUUUGGGCCAUGCAAGAAAAGAUGUUUCAUCUCCGAAGCGAGUCACGUCUGCUCCGCCAAAAAAAGAGCGCAUCUCCUUCCGAGACAACCCUGUCCAGCUGAGCGGCGGCUGGGGGGGGGGCAAGAAGAGGGACAAAGUGCACAAUUGUGGAUUAAAAUGGACUUGUCUGUCUAUUUGAAUUGGAGAGCUAAGGCGUCGGUCCACAAACAGUGCCCUAGCAGAGGCGGUGAACCUCAGGCUUGGAGGUUCCUUGCUGCAAAUGAUAACUUAAUGAAUGUCAAAACAAAUAGAGCUGCAGGAAAUGCAAGUCUCUCUAUUUAUUUUCCUCCGACAUUUCACUUGCACAUGCCUGGAGAGUGUGUUUUGACUGUACAUGAGCUGACCAGGAUUUUGUCCUGCCCACUCACUGUCUUCCUUUGGGGGGGCACUGAUCCAUCAGGCCCAUAGGAGACGCCAGUGGGCUGCUUCUCUGUCAUCAAACUGAUGUUGUACAGCAGUGAUACUGCAGUGUUCAGAUUUUUAUUUUAUAUACAACAUUAUCAGACAUGUGACUUAUAAACACAUAUUGUUCAUAAGUUCAGAUUUGAUUUAAGACUCAUCUACAGCUAGUGCUUCUGAAAUUAUAUUGUUAAACCAUAGUCCACUAGUCUUCAUUGGAUUUGUUUACUUCUGGGUUAUGAGUACAUAACCUAAGACAUCCAACAUCUAUUGCCUGCUGAAACGAGUGCUCCAUUAGACAAGGUAAAGAGUGUCUCAGCCCAGACUGUGCUUACCUCAAGUCAGCGAAUGUUGUCUGUCCGAGGGGGUUUGGAUCCAAAUCACUCCAAGGACCAGCUUUAAAUGCAGUAAAGGACCAUAAGUGUGCUUGUAAGUUUUAGCUGCAAUGUGUGGAUACUGCACAUUUUGCUCACCGUUUUGAAUGCAUGCUGUACAGUUUUAGAUUUUUGUAAACAGUUCCAAGCAGCCGCUGGUUCCCAUUCCAAAACUAAUUAGCAAACGCACGAAACUUUCUUGAGUUGUGUAAUUAAUCAAAGUGAACAUCAAGUCUGUGUUUUCAUUUUGCCAGCAUUACAUUGGCAUUGCACAGUAAUGCACUUGUCUUAACACAGCCACAAUGUAUCAAUCACAAAAGUGAGCACAGACCCACAGCUCAAGCUAAUUUCAAAGCUGUGAUGAUUGGUUUUUAUAUGUAUGUGUAAAUUAACAGAGACCAACGGCUGCCUGGAAAGAUUGGGAAGUAGAAAUUAUUUGUAGAAAAUGGGCUACGUCAUGCAAAUGUGCAGGAGUUUCUCUUAGCACUGUACUAAGGUAGCUGUGAUGAGAACAGUUCCUCUAGUGGCACUAGCAUCUUGUUGUAGCACUAGACUAAGGCUAAAAGACGACGCAGGACAGACAGACAAACCACAGUUUGUGUGCAGGCAGCAUGAAAAACUAACUGACAUGGUAGUAAUGUGCUGCUCCUCCAAAGGAGCAGUUUAUUAUAAGUGAAUAGUAAAUCAUAAUUGAUUAGAUUUGAUGGAACUCUUUAAAUGCAAAAAUGAUAUAGUUACAUUUUUUUCAGUGAUAUAAGUCUAGAGAAAAUUCAGGAUGUAAAAUGACUGUAACUUCUAAUACCACAAAUAUUUACUGACAAAGGAGAAUUGGUCUUUUUGCCCGCCUCUUUAGCCAAAAUAAAGAAAAUGGAUAUAAGCUCGGAGAAAUACGCUGCAUGUACUUCACCUAAAAAUGUGAACCCAGUGUGUAAAGAAACUGGGGAAAAUUCCCACAAGCCGAAACUCUUAUGCACCAGUCUCUGGAAAAAGCCAGCGCUUAUUUAUUCUCUGAAUUACAGCUGCUGGCUUAUAAUAUCACUUAUAGUAGAUGGCAGUGAGUCAGAGUGACUCUUCACUGCACUGAGGUCACAGGUAGGACACAGAAUCCCUUAAAUCUGGCAGGUGAUUGGCAUUUUAGACAAAGGUGGAGAACAUUUAUGGAAAAAGUGCAUUCAUAUGUACAUGUCCACAUACUGUACAGUGUAAGUCCCUAGAUACACAUAUUUUAUACAUCUUAUAAAAUAUAUGCAUUUAAAAUUUACACUAUGAAAUGUAUCAUUAAAUGCAUGUAUAUACACAGGCACACACAUCUUCUUGGUAUUAAAAUUGUUAUGAUAGGUUAUACAUUCAGAUGUGUUUUUCUAAUAAAGUCUGAUCAUAGGAUAUUAUAUUACUAUAUUUCUGCACUGCAGUGAGACCUGAGAUUACAGGGAGAAGGUGCUUGGAAAGAAUGGAUCAGUGGAAUGACUUAGUUUAACCUGUUGUAUCUGGAGCAAAAGCACCUCCAGGUUAGUCUAACUGGUGUUUCAAUUAUAACCAGCAUCUUUUUUUUUUGCUCCAGGGUUCACUAAUUACUAUAUAAGAAAUUGCUUAUACUUAAGUUGUUGUGUACUAAUGUGUUCCUGCAUCUCCUGUUAAAUGGUAUUUUGGCACUUUGCAGCAUCUAUGUCCGUGGCUGAGAGUAA